AUGAGAGAAGUCAUCAGCUUGAAUGUUGGCCAGGCUGGCUGUCAAAUUGCCAACUCGUGCUGGGAGCUAUAUUGCCUGGAGCACGGAAUCCAGCCCGAUGGAUACCUCACCGAAGAACGCAAAGCCGCCGAUCCAGACCAGGGCUUCAGUACUUUUUUCUCCGAGACAGGCAACGGCAAAUAUGUCCCCCGAACCAUCUACUGCGAUCUCGAGCCCAAUGUCGUUGACGAGGUUCGGACCGGCACCUACCGCAGUCUUUUCCACCCCGAGCAGAUGAUCACUGGGAAAGAGGAUGCUUCAAACAACUACGCUCGAGGGCACUACACCGUCGGCAAGGAGCUGAUCGAUCAAGUGCUGGACAAGGUUCGCCGUGUGGCCGAUAACUGCAGUGGCCUUCAGGGCUUCCUUGUUUUCCAUUCAUUUGGUGGUGGUACUGGCUCCGGGUUCGGCGCCUUGCUGAUGGAACGUCUUUCCGUGGACUACGGCAAAAAAUGCAAACUGGAAUUCUGCGUCUACCCUGCCCCCCAAGUCGCCACCUCCGUUGUUGAGCCAUACAACUCGAUCCUCACAACGCACACCACAUUGGAGCAUUCUGACUGCAGUUUCAUGGUAGACAACGAAGCAAUCUAUGACAUUUGCAGACGCAAUCUAGGAAUCGAGCGACCCAACUACGAAAACCUGAACAGACUCAUCGCCCAAGUCGUCUCCUCCAUCACUGCCUCCCUGCGAUUUGAUGGGUCUUUGAAUGUCGAUCUCGCCGAGUUCCAGACCAACCUUGUACCAUACCCACGCAUCCAUUUCCCUCUUGUUGCCUAUGCACCCGUCGUCUCAGCGGCCAAGGCACAACAUGAGGCCCACUCGGUUCAAGAAAUCUCGAUGUCGUGCUUCGAACCCAACAACCAGAUGGUCAAAUGCGAUCCUCGCAACGGCAAAUACAUGGCAACAUGCCUGCUCUACCGCGGAGACGUGGUUCCCAACGACGUCCAUCAGGCUGUCGCCACUCUGAAGACCAAGCGUACAAUUCAGUUCGUGGACUGGUGCCCGACUGGCUUCAAGAUUGGUAUCUGCUACCAGCCUCCCCAGAUGGUGCCCAACGGUGAUCUUGCCAAGGUUAACCGCGCAGUAUGCAUGCUCUCCAACACCACUGCCAUUGCUGAGGCAUGGUCUGCUCUGUCUCACAAGUUCGAUUUGAUGUACUCGAAGCGUGCAUUUGUUCACUGGUACGUUGGUGAGGGGAUGGAAGAAGGUGAAUUCUCCGAGGCUCGUGAGGAUCUGGCAGCAUUGGAAAGAGACUACGAGGAAGUGGCCAGCGACUCCAUCGAGGAGGGAGACGAGGCGGAGAUUGAGCAUUAG